AUGGCGUCGAACAUCAAAGUUUUCAUCCGUGUUCGUCCCGGACGUCCAGCUCCAGGCUUCAAGGUGGAUGAGGAGAAGAAGACCUUGAUCUUUGAACAUGAGAAAACCUCGCCCGACUAUGACGUCAACAACCAGAAGGCUGCUCAUUCGUUUCAAUUCGACGGCGUUCUUGGCAUGCAGAUCAAACAGCAGGAGGUUUUAGACAUUAUCGCCAAGCCGGUCAUAGAGGAUGUACUGCAGGGCGUCAAUGGCACCAUCUUCGCCUAUGGCCAAACAGGCAGUGGCAAAACCUUCACCAUCACGGGCGGUGCUUCGAAUUAUGAAGAUCGUGGCCUGAUUCCCCGCACGAUCCGGCUCAUGUUCGAGGCUUUUCGCAAAGGGCCUGCUCAGUACCGCAUGUACAUCUCUUAUCUGGAAAUCUAUCAGGACAGUGGCUAUGAUCUGCUGCGCGAUGACAGCGUUCGGCGACUUGAAGAUUUGCCAAAAGUGGCGCUGCGUGAGGAUGAAGAUGGCAACACGCACCUUCGAAACCUUUCGGUGAACCUCGCGGCAUCAGAAGAGGAUGCUCUGAACCUGCUGUUCCUGGGCGAUACAAACCGUGUUGUCGCUGAGACCCCCAUGAACGAUGCCAGUACGCGCUCGCACUGCUUGUUCAUCAUCUGGGUCGACUCCACUCAAUCAGGAAGUGAUGUUGUGCGACGGUCGAAGCUGCAUCUUGUUGACCUAGCCGGCAGCGAGCGGGUCUCGCAAACUGGAGUGGAUGGAAAGCUUCUUGCAGAGGCGAAGGCUAUCAACCUCUCCCUUCACUACCUGGAGAGGGUAAUUGUGGCUUUGCAUUCCCGAUCAAAGGGUGUGCAGGCACAUGUACCGUACCGCGACUCCAUGAUGACCAGCGUCCUGCGUGACUCGUUGGGCGGCAACUGUCGCACCACCAUGGUCGGUUGCAUUGCUGGUGAGGCGUCGAACAUCCCAGAGUCCAUUUCUACCUGCCGCUUUGCUCAACGAGUGGCUCAGAUUACCAACAAUGCCCGGGUUAACGAGGAGCUUGAUCCGAACCUGCUUAUCUCCAGACUGAAGAGAGAGGUCGCGGAGCUUAAGGAAGAGGUGAAGGUUGCUCGGGCGAGCAGAGAUGGCCAAGAAGCAGAGGCGCUGACGACAGAAGGGCUUGACCAGUGCAGGGCUCUUGUUCAACAGUUUGUCUCCAAGGGUGUAAAGUCCGAGGAGCCUUUCAUGUGCGGUUCCAUUGAGAGGCUGCGCGCUUGCUUCCGCAUUCUGCGGGACAUGUGUAUCGAAAGGGAAGGCCAGCAAACACAAGACCUGGAAGACGAAGGAGGUGCAGCGGCGCUGGAGUCUGAGAUCAAGAAGCUGAAGCUGGAGGUCGCUCAGCGUGACCAGGAAAUUGCGGUGAUGGUGAAAAUGCUCACCAAGCAGCGCGGGGACUCACGCCCCUUUAUAGCUGCUUCAUCGCAACCAGCAGCGGCUUCUCCGGAAAGAACUGAGCGUGCGAAUGGUAGCUGCCCUGAAACGGCAACCAAACAGCAAGCGCUCGGGAGCGGAAAUGCCCCACCAACUUCGGAGACCGCCAAGUCUGCAGCUCCGCAGGACAAGACGGACAAGCGGAGACUUCCGCAGCCGACAAUGCCGCCAGCCGACGAAGCAGCUGAACUUCUUCUGGACAAGCAGAAGGCAUUGGAGGUUUUCUGGCAAAAAGUGUACAAACCGCCAGAGGCUUUCAAAGAGAACAAGGCAUUGCUAAAAGAAAGGAUUGAGCAAGCACAAGCCUUGGGAAAGGAGGCAGUCCAGCUCAAGGCAGAAAUUGACUCUGUCAAGAGCAGGCUGCUGCGACUGCGAACAGAGCGUGCCAUGACAGCUGCUGGCUAUGACGACUCUGCACCUGUUGAGGAUGGUCCAGAAGAGCUGGCCGAGGUAGCAGAGAUUGAGCGCCUGAAAAGCCAGUAUCGCGAGAAGACUGGCGAGCUGCGACGUGUCAAGAGCGACGUCGAGGGCAUCCAGCGACUUCUCGAGCAGAACCAGGUGAAGGUUCGCCGCGAAUUCGAAAAUUGGUUCGCGGGCCUCAGAAGUCGAGCAAACCUGUCCAAAAUGGACGAGGACAAGAAGAAAGAGCUCUUCGACAAGGCUGGUUUCUGGACGAUAGGCCCUUAG